GCUCGGAGGUGCCGGUGCGCGCCGGGGCAGCGUGACCGCGCAGGCGCAAAACCUCCCCCCGUGCCCGGCCAUGCCGAAGGGAGCGCGGCCGGCGGCGGCCAAGCAGGAGGAAUGGAGGGGGGAGGAAGAGGAGCAGACAGCCCAACCAGUGAAGAAGGGGAAGAAGGAUCGGAAGGGGAAGAAGUCGUUCUUUGAGGAGUUGGUGGAAGAGGAGAAACCAACCCCCAAGGAGGCUCCCCCAGCCCCAGAGAAGGAGGCUGCCCCCCAGCAGGCCUCCCGCCGCAAGCGCGAGCAGCGGCGCAAGGAGCGGCGCCGGGGCGGGGCCCAGGCCGGGGAGGAGGAAGAGGAGGAGGAGCUGAGCCUUCGCCUCCAGCAGCUGGCAGCAGCUGGCAGCGAGGAAGAGGAGGCUGCGCUGCCCAAGAAGGGAGGGAGGAGGAAGAAGGGUGGGAACGUUUUCGCUGCACUGAGCCAGGAGCAGAGCGAGGAGGAGGAGGAGGAGGAAGGCUCCAAGCCCAGCAAGGGGAAAGAGGAAGAUGAGAAGAAGAGGCCGAAGAGUCGCAAGGCCAAAGGGAAACGGCAGGGCAAAGGUCUGAGCGAGGAUGAGGCCGAAGGCUCCGAGGAGGACUCGAGGCCCAGGGGGGGGAAGAAUACAUUUGCAGCUCUGAGAGGGGAGGAAGAGGAGGAAGAGAAGGAGGAUGAAGAGGAUGAGGAGGAGGUGAGGAAGGCUGAGCCUGACCCCAGGGUCAGCAAGAAGGAGAAGAAGAAGCUGAAGAAGCAGCUGGAGUACGAGCGGCAGGUGGCCACCAUGCGGGCGGCGGCGGCGGCCGGGGACAGCGACUUCUCCGUGUCCCAGGCCGAGCUCUCCUCGCGCCAGGCCAUGCUGGAGAACGCCUCUGACAUCAAGCUGGAGAAGUUCAGCAUCUCAGCCCACGGCAAGGAGCUCUACGUCAACGCCGACCUCUACAUCGUGGCCGGGCGCCGCUACGGCCUGGUGGGGCCCAACGGGAAAGGCAAAACCACUCUGCUGAAGCACAUUGCCAACAGGGCCCUCAGCAUCCCUCCCAACAUCGACGUCCUGCUCUGCGAGCAAGAGGUGGCCGCGGACGAGACGCCGGCGGUGCAGGCGGUGCUGCGGGCGGACACCAAGCGCCUGAGGCUGCUGGAGGAGGAGAGGAGGCUGCAGAGCCUGCUGGAGCGCGGAGAGGACGCAGCUGCGGAGAGGCUGGAGAAGGUCUAUGAGGAGCUGAGGGCCACCGGGGCGGCGGCGGCCGAGGCCAAGGCGCGGCGCAUCCUGGCCGGGUUGGGCUUCAACCCCGAGAUGCAGAACAGAGCCACCAGGAAGUUCUCAGGAGGGUGGAGGAUGAGAGUCUCCUUGGCCAGGGCUUUGUUCAUGGAGCCAACCUUGCUGAUGUUGGAUGAGCCAACCAACCACCUGGACCUCAACGCUGUCAUCUGGCUCAACAACUACCUGCAGGGCUGGAAGAAGACUCUGCUGGUGGUGUCCCACGACCAAGGCUUCCUGGACGACGUCUGCACAGACAUCAUCCACCUGGACUCCCAGCGCCUCUUCUACUACCGGGGCAACUACAUGACCUUCAAGAAGAUGUACCAGCAGAAGCAGAAGGAGCUGCUGAAGCAGUUCGAGAAGCAGGAGAAGAAGCUGCGGGACCUGAAGGCCGGCGGCAAGUCCACCAAGCAGGCGGAGAAGCAGACGAAGGAGGCCCUGACGCGGAAGCAGCAGAAGUGCCGGCGGCGGACGGCGGCCGAGGAGGCUGCGGAGGCCCCGGAGCUGCUCAAGAGGCCUCGAGAGUACUGCGUCAGAUUCACCUUCCCCAACCCUCCCCCCCUCAGCCCUCCCAUCCUCGGCCUCCACGGAGUGGAUUUUGGCUACGAGGGCCAGGAGCUGCUCUUCAAGAACCUGGACUUUGGCAUCGAUAUGGAAUCCAGGGUCUGCAUCGUGGGCCCCAAUGGGGUGGGGAAGAGCACUCUGCUGCAGCUCCUGACGGGGAAGCUCACACCGACUCGAGGGCAGAUGAGGAGAAACCAUCGGCUGAAAAUUGGCUUCUUCAACCAGCAGGCGGCAGAGCAGCUGCGGCUGGAGGAGACGGCGGCGGAGUACCUGCAGCGCAGCUUCAACCUCCCCCACCAGGACGCCAGGAAGUGCCUGGGGAGGUUCGGCCUGGAGAGCCACGCCCACACCCUGCAGAUCGCCAAGCUCUCGGGCGGGCAGAAGGCCAGGGUGGUGUUCGCUGAGCUGGCCUGCAGGGAGCCUGAUGUCCUCAUCCUGGAUGAACCAACCAACAACCUGGACAUCGAAUCCAUCGACGCCUUGGCCGAUGCCAUCAACGAGUACCGGGGAGCGGUGAUCGUGGUGAGCCACGACGCCAGGCUGAUCACCGAGACCAGCUGCCAGCUGUGGGUGGUGGAGGAGCAGGGCCUGAGCCAGAUCGACGGAGACUUCGACGACUACAAGCGGGAGGUGCUGGAGGCCCUGGGCGAGGUCGUCGUCAACAGGCCCCGCCCUGAGCCCUAGGGGGCGCCCU